UGACCGCCCCCUGCCUUAGGGAGGGGGGCUCUCAGGGGCGCGUGCGCGGUUCCGCUGCGGCGGAGGCAGCCGCGAUGGAGGACGCUCUGACUGAACGCCAGGAAACAAAUGAAGGGGAUUCAAGCCUUGCCACCGAGUUACAGGAGGAGACAGAGGAGAAUCCUAGUCCAGCUGUGGAUGAGAGUAGUAUAGUGUCAACUAAAAAACAGGGACCAAAUUUACAUAACUGGAGUGGUGACUGGAGCUUUUGGAUUUCAAGUUCAACAUACAAAGAUAAGAAUGAGGAAUACAAAAGACAGUUCACACAUCUACCUGAUACAGAGAAGCUGAUAGCAGAUUAUGCUUGUGCUCUUCAAAGGGACAUUUUGCUUCAGGGACGACUAUACCUUUCAGAAAACUGGCUGUGUUUCUAUAGCAACAUCUUCAGAUGGGAAACUACAAUUUCUAUUGCUUUGAAGAAUAUAACCUUUAUGACCAAGGAGAAAACUGCUCGACUGAUCCCAAAUGCUAUCCAGAUCAUUACAGAUGGUGAAAAGUUUUUCUUUACAUCUUUUGGUGCCAGGGACAGAAGUUACCUCAGUAUAUUUAGGUUGUGGCAGAACGUUUUAUUAGAUAAGAGUCUGACCAGACAAGAAUUCUGGCAACUUCUCCAGCAGAACUAUGGCACUGAGCUAGGUUUAAAUGCUGAAGAGAUGGAAAACUUGUCACUGUCGAUUGAAGAUAAUGUGCAGCCAAGCAGUCCCAGAAGAAGUGGUGUGGAUGAUUCUGGGGAAAGAGAUGAAAAAUUAUCCAAGUCUAUCAGUUUUACCCGUGAAUCAAUUCAUCAAGUUUCAGAAACAGAGUCAUUGGAUGGAAAUUCAUCAAAAGGAGCAUUAGGGAAAGAGGAGCCUGAAAGUGAGAAACAGAUCCAAAAGAGUCCUUUACUAACUUCAGAAAAGAGGUUAAAUAGAAUGCCAUCAAAAUCGCUGUAUUUGAACAAAAAUGAAUAUCUUUCUCUGGAAAAAAGCAGCACUUCAGAUUCUGUUGAUGAAGAAGAUUUUCCUGAGAAAGAUCUUCGAGGAAGACUUUAUAUCAAUCGAGUUUUUCAUAUCAGUGCUGAGAGGAUGUUUGAAUUGCUCUUCACUAGUUCACGCUUUAUGCAGAGAUUUUCCAGUUCUAGAAAUAUAAUAGAUGUAGUGUCUACUCCUUGGACUGUAGAAUCUGGAGGUGAUCAACUGAGAAACAUGACCUACACUAUAGUCCUUAAUAAUCCACUUACUAGAAAGUGCACUGCUGCCACUGAAAAGCAGACACUGUAUAAAGAAAGUCGAGAAGCACAAUUUUAUUUAAUAGAUUCAGAAGUACUGACACAUGAUGUCCCCUACCAUGAUUACUUCUAUACACUGAACAGAUACUGUAUCAUCCCAUCUUCAAAACAGAAAUGCAGGCUAAGAGUUUCCACAGAUGUGAAAUACAGAAAACAACCAUGGGGACUUGUCAAAUCUUUAAUUGAAAAGAAUUCCUGGAGUUCUUUGGAGCAGUAUUUUAAACAGCUUGAAUCAGAUUUGUUAAUGGAAGAAUCUUCGUUAAAUCAAUCUAUUGAAGACCCUGGAAAACUUAGCUGCCUGCGGAGGAGAAGGCGAACUUUCAACCGAACAGCAGAAACAGUUCCUAAGCUUUCUUCUCAGCAUUCUUCUGGAGAUAUGGGCUUAGAGACCAAAGGGGAUGUUACAGGAAAGAAAAUGAACACCCGUAACACUGCUCUUAUUGUGGUGAUGAGUAUUUUUUUGCUGUUGCUAGUUUUGUUGAAUGUGACACUGUUUCUGAAGCUGUCAAAAGUAGAAUAUGCUGCUCAGUCCUUUUACCGUCUCCACCUCCGAGAAGAGAAAUCUUUAAAUUUAGCCUCUGAUAUUGUCUCAAGAACUGAAAACAUUAAAAAGAACAAAGAUCAGGCUCAUCAUUUAAAAGGAGUACUCCGAGAUUCCAUAGUGAUGCUUGAACAGGUAUUCUACUGAUGGAGCCUUCUGACUAACUCUAGUCAGGUCUGGUGAUCCUGUAUCUGGUGUGCAGCUGUCCUCCUGGGGAUUUCUGUUGUCUGUCUCCUAGCUUUCCAUGUCCCAUGUUUUCCUUUCUUGGCUUUUUUUCUUUUUCUUUUUGCUGUGCUAGAGACUGAACCCAGGGCCUUGCGCCUGCUAGGCAAGUGCUCUGUGGCUGAGCUGUAUCCCCAGGCCCUGCAUUCUCCUUUUAAUGGAGCACAUUCUCUAGUAGUGCCUCUGAAAGGUGUGGCACAUAGAGUGGCACAAGCCUGGCCUAUAAUCCCAACUCCUUGGGAGGCUGAGACAGGAGGAUAUCAAAUUUGAUGCCAACCUGAAAAUUUAGUGAGACCCUAUCUCAAAAUUUUAAAAAAGGGUUGGAAAUAUAGCUCAGUGAUGACUGCCCCUGUGUUUAAUCCCCGCUAAAAAAGAAGGAAAAGAAAAAAAACAAGAAAGGAGGAAGAAAAUCCCUUUAUUGUACUUUUAGUAGGGUUUGAAGAGGGAGCAAGUAGAAUGUAUGCAUUUUCUCUCCCUGUUAUUCCCUUUAUGGAUAUUGUUUGAGAUAAGGUUUUCUGUGAUCUUUAGCAUGUAAAAAUUAUGUCUUUUUAAAGUCUUAAUCUUAUAAAGUGUCAGCACUAUUUGAAACUGACCACACCUUUCUUGAAAUAUAGCUAAUCUUGCCUUCUUUAAAACCAUAAAAAGCUUUAUUGUGACAUAAUUCAAGUAAUAUAAAUUCACCCUUUUAAAGAAUGUUUAUUAUAUUCGCAAGUCUGUAUAACUAUCACCACCAUCUAAUUCCUAAGUAUUGUCAUCACCCCCAAAGAAAACCUUGUACACAUUAGCAGUCACCCCCCUGGCACACACCAAUCUGUUUUCAUUACUAUGGGUUUGCCUAUUUGGGACAUUUCAUAUAAAUGGCUUAUAUAAGAUGUGUUAUUUUCUGUCUUCUUUCAGUUAGAAUAAUGUAAAGCUACUUUUUGUUGGUCAAAAUCAACUCUUAUACUCACUUCUUCCUGGCCCAAAUGCUUUACAGCUCUGUGAUAGAUUCUCUUUCCUUCUCCAUUACUUUCCCUUUAGGUGUUCUCAUCUACUCCCCUAACUUUAAAUAAUCACAUUAGCUUCUGACUCCUUCCUUACUGUCUUGUGCUGCUAUGACAAAAUACCUGAGACUGGAUAGUUUAUAAAUAACAGAACUUUCUCACAGUUCCAUAAGCUGAGAAAUUCAAGAUAAAGGAAUAGGCAGGUUCAGUGUCUGAGGGUUAUUGCUCAUAAAUGGUGCCAUCUAAGUGUAAGGACCUAGCUAGUUUCCUUCAGCCCUUUUAUAAGAGCACUACUCUGAAGGCAGAGUCUUCACGACCUAAUCACUCUCUAAAGACAACAUCUGUUAAUAUUGUUGCUUUGGGGAUUAAGUUUUAACAUGAAUUUUGGAGGUGAUAUAGUCAAGCUGCAGCAAACCCAAAAUCUGUAUUUCCUACUCUGACCCCCUUUCCUGAGCUUUACCCUAACGACUUAAUGGGCAUUGCAAAUCCAUCAGAACAAAACUCAAUUCCCUUCUAGUGAACCUCAUUUCAGAAAAUACUAUUUUCCUCUAAUUACUCAUGUUAAAAAUGUGAUAAAGUAGGGCUGAAGAUAUAACUUAGUGAUAUAGUGCUUAUGUAAGCAAGCCCCAGCACCACAAAAAUAAAUAAAUAAAAUGUCUAAGUUUAUACUUA